AUUGGCCCUCGCGUCACGGCGGCCCCGCUCCCUUCCCGAGCAUGCGCAGAAAGGAAGCAACGGCUGUGAGGGACGGAGCGGUGCCCGACGCCUCCUUGGCGGGGUUCCCCUCUGAGAAGAUCUGUCAUGUGGAGAUUUCUUCUGGCCAGGCUGCUCCCCUUCCUCCUGCAGCCAAUAUAUACACUUUCCGACUCCGAUUGUAAGUGGAUGGCUGUAGUCAACAGAUUUGAUAACCUUGGAGGUGACCGGAAUGUCUUCUUUCAGCAGCAUGAAAUUCUCUCAGUAGCGGAAAUCUUCAAAGAGCUGGUGGAUUCAGCCAUAGACCCUGAUGACAAAAACGCAAAAUACCUGGGCUUUCCAUACUACUUGAAAAUUAACCUGACCUGCAAAACACUGGACUCUGCAAUGGCACUUCGGACAGCUCACUACACUGGACUGAAACCAGUUGUGACUGUCACUUUUGAAGAACCCGCCCAUGCUGUGCGUCAGAAACAAGAACAAUUGCAGAUCGAAAUGACGGCAGCUCCAUACAGAAUAAAAGGUUGCAGAAGUGAAGAGGUUUGCAGGAUGUGCUGGUACACGCCGAUGCCCUUCAUGAAUGGCAGUGUAGUCAUGGAUGUGAUGGUGGGAAGCAAUCACCUUGGCUUCCCUGUGGACGAUAAGAGGUUCUCUAUCAAUGUAAAUGGAUAUAUGAGAUCAAGUACAAAAACUGAUAGAUUCAGGAUUGGGACAAAGGCGACUGCUUUGAAUGACUUCAUGUCUCUGUCACAUCCGUCGCGUCCCUUGUGGCACACUCACGAACGAGCCCCUGUGCUCAUCCUUGGUGACAUCCCCAUGAGCAAAGUUGUCCUCCUCUCAGAUACGGGGUUUGAAGAUUACUUUCCAGUAGAGGUGGGCAUCGACAGCUGUUGGAUUGCUUCCCUCUCCUGCCAGCGGAAGGGUUUCUCCACUUCCAUUACUGACAGCAUUGCAACAGAAAGCACCCUCUUCAUCCGGCAGAACCAGCUGGUCUAUUACUUUGUGGGGCAUUACCCCAUUUUGCACAUGAGAGGCCCAGGUUCAGAGAUGUGGACACGAGUAUUGAACAACAUCUGUGUGAAAAAACUAAACCCUGUGUUUUUUGUGAAGAAUAAUACGGAAUACGUGAUUGCUAUUGGUGGCGGCGGGCAAGAAGGGCAAUUCUUUCUUAUUUCUGUGCAAGAUGGAAUUGUGAAUGCCACUGGCGCUAUAAGGGCUCAGAGGAAGACAGUGUGCCAAUUUAUGAAAAUAGAUAGCUGCUACCUCAUAUGGGUUGUCUUCUCUACAAAUGACAACAAGUUCUUUUUGCUGGUGAAUGAUUACGGAGCACCACUGUUCUACGUUGUGGAAUACCAGAGAGGUGGUUAUUAUAAGAGGAUUUUUAAUAUCCCUCAACUUGUACCAAAAGCUGUCUCAGACAGAGGAUAUGUGGUGAUGCUGGGAACUGAGCAGUAUAGUACUCGAGUCUUCUCCGGCAGAGGUUUGGCUUUCAACCCUUUCAGUAAGAUAUUCUAUGUCUGGGGGAAUGCUAUCUUGCAAAGUAAUGACAUGGUGAGCUUCAUAUAUUUGUCUAACUUUCCGGGUGACUCUCCCAUCAAAUAUUUUGUUAUGUCCUUUAAUGGCCACAUUGCUUUUGUGACAGAAGCAGAUGAGGUCUGGGUUAUGAAAGAAGGUAGCACAGAGAUCAAAAGAGCGUAUCCAUCAGCAGCCUGGUCCGUGUACAAUACCCUGCAAGUGAUGGAAGGCUCACCAGAUCAUGACUUGAAUGCCACUCAAGCUAUAGUCACGGUUUUCUUUGACAAGGAUGGGAUGCAAGAGUUGGUUUAUAGGGAGGAUCCUGGAACCACUGGAAAGUUAAUCAAAAGGAAAUUCCCUCUAGAUCAUAUCCUGACCUAUGACCAGAUGAUCAGCACUCCUCACAAAGGGAUGACGCACAAUGGCAUAGACUACAUCAGGUUCACCCACCGUUGCCCAUUUGCCGUGGUUCGCUUCGUGGACUUGCCAUUCCCACAGCGCUUUACUCGGAUGGAGCAUUACCGUGUCAAGCCUCCGGAAAUCAUGGAAAAGACAGGCUUCUAUGACCAGAAGUCGCUGAUUGUGUACCAGGGACUCGUCUACCAACUGCUACAGCUGCAUUCAGCUUACCAUAGAGCUUAUGCUGACCCAGUCCAUGACCCCACUUGGCGCUGGUGGAAGAACAAGAAACAAGAUGCAGAAUACUACUACUACAUGGCCAGCAACUGGAAAUCUUCUGGAGGCAUCUACGUUGACAUGGCCAACUAUGUGAAGGUCUAUAACAUCAGGCCCAAUAAUUUAUUGCCGGAAACCAUCUACUUGGACAAGAAGCAGACCUUCUUAUUCUCUGUGUACUUGAGCCUCCGGACGACCAAACAGAGCAGUAAGAUGUGGGAGAUUAGAGAUGUGAGGCUCACUCAGCCCCUUAUACACUGCCAUAUAAUCCAGUUUCUGAAUCCACAUUAUUUGCUUUGAACUGGAUAAUAUGAGUCUACACGGCUAUAUAAUCCAAUUCAAAGCAAAUAAUCUGGACUUUAUAUGAUAGUCCAGUGAAGAGAGACAGUGCAGAGUGGGAAGAGCAGGAGGAGACCAGAUUGUGGCUAUAGGGAGGGGACAUAAUGGCAUUACGCCCCCCAAUAAAAAUCCCCUCUCCCCAUGAUGUUUUCUUCAAAUUCAUAGCAUUGCAGUAGCUUAAAGGUUCCCUUGAAUUUUUAGAAAUACAAUCUAAACAUUCAGAGAAAAGGAGCUGGCAGAUUUGACCAAGGGAAUUUGAAGCAUUUUGUAAAAUGGCAUGUAUAACCUUUUGGAAAAACACUUAGAGAUCAUAAGAGCCAAAAUAUAUUUAAAGUAAAAUAUGUAUACUUAUGGAAGGCAAUGGUUUCAGUCGUUAGACUGAACAACCUGUUAUCUUUGAUCUAUUAGGAAAAUUGAGAUUUUGCCAGUGCAUAAAAACAGCAGAGCUUUAGAAGUGUUUUUCAGUGCCCAAAAAUAUAUACUUGUUGUGGUCAGUCCGUUCAGACGCAAGUGGUAAGGAAGAACACCAGCAGACCAACAGGGUUUCGAGUUCAUAAUUUACUAUUCCCAACUGUAAAAGGGUGAGAGGCUUCAGCUCUGCAGCUGAUACAAAGUAGCUUUUCACACCUUAUGCUUUGUACAGACUUUGUAUUUAUACAGACAUUGUUAUUUAAGUUGUUGAUCACAAUUAAUUAUUAAUACAUUGAAAAACACCUAAAUCAUCGAUAAAACAACUUGUUUUAUAUUAUGCACUCAAGAGACAAAAUGAAGUAGACUUUGAUGGAAAUAACAUACUUGGUUUACUCACAGCCUUCAUGUGUUCAGCAUACACAGGUA